AAGGAAACCCACCUCCACCCACAGGACGAGGCAAAGAAGAACAAGCCCCAAAUCUCACUACACCCAACCCUCCCUACGAAUUCCGGAACCUCCUGCUCCCCCUCUGAACCCCUAAUAAUCCCCUCCCAUCCCAAUGGCCGACGACGCCGCGCCGUUCGCGUCCCCUCCCUCGCCGCCCUCGCCUGCAAUGCAGCCCCCCUCCGAUCUCUCCCCGUCCCAACCCUCCUCUCCACCGGCCGAUACCCCAGCCUCCGCCGCCACCCCCGCUGCCCAAACCCCUAGCCUCCCCGACACCCCCGCCUCCGCAGAUCCUGACACCCCCUUCUCCGACGCCACCGACGCUGACGCUCCCACCCUUGCACCACCCGACGCCCUCGCCUCGGACGCCCCCGGCGACGGCGAGGACGAUGGGAUCAACCCCGCGGGCGCCAGGAAGCACAUGACGCUCGCGCCGCCGGCUCCGCACAGCAAGAAAUCGAAGAAGAAGGGUGGCAACAGCGUCUGGACCCGGCCCACCUCUCGCAAGGGCAAGAAGAAGGCCAGGCAGCCGAGCGGCCACGCCCCCGGCGGCGGCGCCGCGACCGGCAACCACCCCAGGCCCAAAGUCGGCGGCGAGGAGGAGUUCUUUCUCGUCCCCGCGCCCCGCCUCGCGGCCGAGCGCUCCGACGACGCGGCCGGCCUGCCCGUGCUCCUCUCCCGCGUCUUCAAGUCCGAAAAAAUCGAGCUUUCGGACGACCGCCUCACUGCCGGCAGCACCAAGGGGUACCGCAUGGUGCGCGCCACGCGCGGGGUCGCGGCUGGCGCCUGGUACUUUGAGAUCAAGGUCACGCACCUCGGCGCCACUGGGCACACCCGCCUUGGCUGGGCGACUAACAGGGCUGACCUCCAGACUCCCGUGGGGUAUGAUGCCUAUGGUUUUGGGUACCGCGACAUCGAUGGUGCCAAGGUGCAUAAGGCUUGGAGGGACAAGUACGCUGAUGAAGGGUACGGCGAAGGAGAUGUCCUUGGGUUCUAUAUUUCUCUGCCUGAUGGGGAUCAGUAUGAGCCCAAGCAACCUGACCUGAUUCAGUACAAGGGAAUGCCUUUUCAUGUGCAAGUUCCAAAGGAGGAGCAGAAGACGCAAGAUCCCGUUCCAGGGAGUGAGAUAUGUUACUUCAAGAAUGGCGAAUGCCAAGGCACUGCGUUCAAGGACGUUCCUGGAGGGAGGUACUACCCAGCUGCGUCAAUGUAUACGCUACCUAACGAGCCAAACUGUGUAGUCAAAUUCAACUUUGGGCCAGAUUUCGAGUUCUUUCCACAAGAUUUUGGUGGCCUGCCAAUACCUCAACCAAUGAGCGAGGUGCCUCAUCAGGCGUACGAACUGAAGAACGAGCAACCUGCUGAAAAUGGUAUUGCUGAAAAAACUAGUUAGCGACUUAGUGUAGUUAACACACUGUUUUAGCUAUGUCGAAUGCACUGGCUAAACAGCAAAAAGAUCAAUGGCUAAUGAUCAUGGUGAUGUUCACUGCUGGAGUUAUUA